AGCGAAGUGUUGAAUGAGAUCACUGCGUUUUCGGAAGGAGCCUGCGAGAGCCGAACGGCCAAAAAACCAAGUACAACUUAUCGUCAAGAAGAGCAAGCACAUGCCGUAUUUUUCCGGAUUUGUGUGAAAUAUUCAAAAAUAUAUUUUGGACGUGAAAUGUUGUGUUUAAGUGGUCUUUCGGUGGCGAUCGCCUUUGUAUUUACACCCAGUAUCGUCAACGGAGCUUUGAAGGAUGGAGAAUGCGAAGUGUGCGUCACGUUCCUGGGGAGGUUCUACCAGUCCCUGAAAGACAAUGAUGUGAAGUUCACCAGCCAGGACAUCGAGAAGGCCCUGGUCAAAGCCUGCAAGGACACCAAGGGGAAAGAGAACCGGCUGUGUUACUACAUUGGAGCAACUAGUGACGCCGCCACCAAAAUUGUGAAUGAGGUUUCGAUCCCUCUGAGUUCACACAUCCCCGUGGUCAAGAUCUGCGAGAAACUGAAGAAGAAGGACGGCCAGAUAUGUGAACUAAAAUACGACAAGCAGGUGGACCUGAGCACGGUGGACGUGAAGAAGCUGAAGGUGAAGGAGCUGAAGAAGAUUCUGGAAGAGUGGGGCGAGUCGUGCAAGGGCUGUGUGGAGAAGUCCGACUUCAUCCGCAAGAUCAACGAGCUGAUGCCCAAAUACGCCCCUUCUGCUGCCAAGGCACGCACCGACCUCUGACGGACAGGCCUCUGAGCCAAUGGGGACGGGCCUUCCUGCCUGGGGGCGCGGCCCGUUGAGACUGCCCUGCGGACCACCUGAAAGACUGUAUUGUACAUGACUUUAGUUUCUUGUUAAGGGAUAGGAUUUGUUUUUUUUGUUUUUUUAUAACUUAUGAAAAAAAAAAAAUUGUAUCUUCUAUUAAAAACAGGAAAAAUGCACAACUGUUGUAUUCGAUUGGACAGAGCUGGUGUUUCUCUACUGCGUACAUUUUAAACAAAUGUGCGACCCCUUUCCUGUAUAUGAAAAAGUACAGUUCUUUUUUUAAUAAAAGGAGUGAUGGGACCGGA